AUGGCCGACGCCGAGGCAGCCGAGCGUGCUGCCAAGGCUGCUCGAGCACGUGCUAAGCUCAAGAAGCAUCAAGCGCAGAAGAAGGCAGCGGCCGAAGCCGAAGCCGAAGCUGCGCAACCUACGAGCGACAAGGAUGCGGACAAUGCUGACUCUCCGGCUCCGGCCGCCUCGAACGGCGCUGCUGCGGCGGAGGAGCCGGCAGAACCUGCCGCUACGUCCGAGGAAAAGGCCACGACCAAUUCGCUCCAGAAUGAGGAGCUCAUAGAGGCUCAAAGCAGGGUUGAGUCUCUCACCAAGCAACUAGAGAGCACAAGAAAGGAGCUACAAGCAGCGACUGAUGCGUCGUCAUCACUCCAGCGUCAGCUCAAGGAGGCCGAGGAGAAAUCCAAGUCGUCGCUCCAGGCGGCGGAAGAGUCCAGCAAAGCUCAGAUCAAGAAGCUUGAGGAUGACUUGCAGGCCCAACAAGCCAAGGCAGCUGGUCUGGAAAAGGAGUUGCAACAGCAGCGCGAUGGGCUCAAGAAGGCCGAGGAGAAGGCCACGCAGUCUGGCGAGCGAAUCGCUGCCCUCGAAGCAUCUUUGAAGGACAAUGCAACCUCGGAAUCUUCCCUCAAGGAACGCAUCGGCAAAGUUGAAGCUGACCACAAGCAGGCUCAGGAUCGCGCAUCAAAGCUGGAGAAAGAUCUCGACGAAUCUCGGAAAGCAUUGGACAGAGCCACCAGCGAUGCGAAGGAUGCGGCAGUGAAGCUGAAAGAAGCCGAAGGCAAGACGGCGACCGAUCUCAGAGUUGCGCAAAAGCUCGAAGAAGACAGGUCAAAGUUGCAGCGUGAGGCAGAAGAACAAAGGAAGCAAGCAGACCAGCUUCGUAGCAGCGUCGAGACCAAGGAGAAGGCGAUACAAGAUCUGCAAAGUAAACUCGACGAUCCAAGCAAGUCCAACGAGAUCGCGGCGCUGUCCAAGCAACUGAAAGAAUCCAACGCAAAGAUCUCGAGCUUGGAAUCUGGGCUGGCUGAGAAGGACGAGAGCCUCAAGAGCUCCGCCUCGGACAACGACAAGCUGUCGAAGCAGAUCGCUGAGCUCGAGAACGAGGCCAAGGCCGCGGAAUCCAACGCGUCAACGCUCGAAGGCAAGAUGAAAGAGUCGAUCGACCGCGAAGCCAAGACCAAAGCGAGCCUGCAAGAAGCCGAAGCCAAGGGCAUCAAGUUUGCAGCGGAGCGCGCCGAGCUCGAAAAGAAGCACGGCGAGGCUGAAGCGGGUAUCAAAAGCUGGAAGGAAGAGGCGGAGAAGCACUCAGCUGCUCUUGCUAAGGCCGAACAGGAUGCAGCACACGUUCGAGACAAGGCUGACGCCAAGGAGAAGGAUCUGUCGACUCUGCAAGUUCAGAAGCAGAAGCUUGCCGACGAGCUGUCCGAGACGAAGAGCAAAGUCGAGUCGCUCACUAAGCAGCAGGCCGCCUUGGAAGCCGCGAAGGCAGAGGCGAUCGGUAACUCGAAGGAGCUGGACAAGAGCCACGCUACGCAGAUCUCGGAGCUCAAUAGCAAGAUCAAGCAGCUUGAAGACCAAGCCAAGAAGGACAGUGUUGCGGCGACAAAGCUUUUGGACGACGCCAAGAAGCGUGGCGACGAAUCCAGCAAGCACGCGGAUGGUCUCGAUGCAUCUCUUAAGGAGUCUCAGGCCAAGGUCAAGGCCUUGGAAGGUCAACUACAGGAACGCGACGGCAAGAUUGCCAAGGCCGAAGAUCAGCAUGCGAACACUCAAAAGGAGCUGGGCAGCGCCUCAUCACAGCUCGAAUCGCUCAGGAAGGAGCUCAAGAGUGCGCAGGACCAGAUUUCGAGCAUACAAAAGGAGCGGGCCGACUCCGUCAAGCAGGUCGAAGACCUCAACAAGCAGCUUGCCAAACUUCAGCAAGACCAUAAGGAGGUGAGCUCAUCGCGAUCCCAAGGUAAGGAGGAGCUCGAAAAAUCGCAGAAGCAAGUCGCCUCCUUCGAGGUUAAGGAAAAGGAAUGGUCUGCCAAGCACAAGGAACUGGAGGAGCUCAAGUCCAAAGCCCUGCAGGAAGCUGCUUCUCUGCGCUCCGAGGUCGCCACCUACAAGAGCGGCAGUGAGACUACAUCGAAGGAGCUCACUUCGGUCAAGAAAAAGCACGCGACGAGCGAGGCAGAACUCAAGGCAGCCCAGCAGGAGGUCGCGAAGGUCACCGCAGCGCGAACGGAGGCCGAGAAGCGCAUCAAGGAGCUUGACGCUCAGCUGGCGUCAUCCAAGUCUGAAGCCGACAAGACUCGAGAGGCGCUACAAAGUGUCAAGUCCGAGCUUGACGCGGAGGCCAAGGCACGUUCUGCAGCCGACGGCACUGCGAAGGAACGUCAAGCAGACCUCGACAAGGCGGUAAAGCAUGCUGAGGAGCUCGAGGCGCGAGCCAAGUCCCUUGCCGCCGACCUCGACAAAGCCAAGGCGGACCACAAGCAGGCUCAGCAAGAGACAGCCGAACGAGAGAAGAGCCUGGACGCUGCCAAGCGCGAAGCAGCCACUACUGGCGACGAGCUGAAGAGCGUCACGGCAAAGCUCAACGAGUCUCAAGCAGCCUACAAGAAAAUCGAGGCUGAGAAGGCAGAGCUCGACAGGACCACGGCAGGGCUUCGGAAGCAGCUCGGAGACACCGAGAAGAAGGCCGAGAGCUCUUCUGCCGCGCUGGCCAAGGCGACCAAAGUCCACGGCGAGGCUCUUGCUCAGAAGGACAAGGAGCUGGCGCAAGCGCAAGGGCAGGUCGAGGCGCAAAGCAAGCAACUCACCACCCUCGAGGUCAAGAACGGUAGCCUGCAGAAGACUUCCGACCAGCUCCGUGAUCAGAAGGACAAGCUGCAGAUGGAGCUCGAAGCUUCCAAAGCGGAAACUGAGACGCACAAGUCUUCUGCGGACGGCAAGGCUAAAGAAAUCGAGACACUCGCAGCCAAGGUCUCGACCACAGAAGCGAACUUGGCCAAGUCGACAAACGAGGCUGCCACCGCCAAAGACCGCAUUGACGAGCUUCAGAAGGAAGUGCAGGCUACGACCAAGGAUCUGGAAGCGGCUCGCAAAGCAUCUGAAGCAAACAAGAGCUCAGCCGAGCAGAGCCAAGCACAAGUCAAAAAUCUGGAAGCGAAGAUCAAAGAUGCAGACGCAGAGCUUGUGAAGGCCCGCGACGAGAUCAGUGCGGCACGCACGCAAGUCACUCAGCUCAAGGACGAGCUUGGCAGCAAGGCGAAGGCGCUCGAGGCAGCGAUGGCAGACGCAGCAGCCAGCAAAGCAUCCGCGGAGGAGCAAGGCAAGGAGAUCAAGACGCUGCAGAGCAAGCUCAAGGACUCCGAUGCCAAGCUGACAAAGGCCACGCAGGAAGCGACAUCAUCCCAAGCCAAGGUCAAAGAGCUACAAAGCGAGCUGCAGGCCAAAGCCAAGGAGCUCGAAAUCAAGUCGAGCGAAGCUGACAAGCAUCAUUCCCAAGCGCAGAGCUUGUCCAAGCAGCUCGAAUCAUCCACGCAACAGCACACGGAGCUGUCGAGCAAGCUGAAAGAGCAAAUGUCGGCCCACGAGGAGCUCACCAAGGCACACAAACAGACAAGCGCCGACCAUGCGGCUGUGCAGUCGGAGCUUGAGAAGCAACGCGCCCUGCUACAAAAGUCUUCCGAGGACCACGAGCAGGCCCGCAGCGAGGCUGCGCAGCUGAGCGAGAAGCUGGCACAGGCACAGGCCGACCACAAUGACGUCAAACAGAAAUGGUCGGAUCUCACCGAACGCCAUACCGUCCUUGUCGCCACUCACGAAGAGCACAAGGAAGCUGCCGAGGCACAAUCCAAGGAGAUCAAAGCAGCCACGGCGAAGAUUGCUGACCUCGAGACAAAGCUCAGCGAGUCGAAUGCUGCCCGCGACGAAGUUCGUGCCGAGCUGGCAGACAAGGUUGGACGAUUCCAGGAACUCGAGAGCAAGCUGCAAGCAGCCGAGGCCGAGAUCAAGACGCUCAGCGCACGCGCCACGUCCGGCGACGAGGCUCUCAAGACUAACCAGGAGAAGCUCGAUGCCCUGACCAGCCAGGCUAAGCAAGAAGCCGAAACGCUCAAGCGUCUCGAGAAGGAGCUUGCUGCUGCCCAGAAGUCGGCCAAGGACGGUGCGCUCAAGCACAAGGCGGCUGUGACCGCGGCCGCCAAACAGCUCGACGCGGUCAAAGCCGAGCUCGAGAAAGCCAAGGCAGAGCACGCUGAGGCGAUGCAGAAAGCCACUGAUGAGCAUGAAUCGGCCGCAACCGAGGCUGCUGGUCAGAUCGAAGCUGUCAAGGCCGAGCUCGAGAAGGCGAAGGCCGACCAUGCCGAUGCCGUCGCAAAGAUCAGCUCGGAGCGUAAAGGCGCCGUUGCGGCCGCCGAGGGGCAAGUCGAGGACAUCAAAGCAGAGCUGGCAAAGGCCAACGAUGAUCAUGCUGCGGCGCUCAAGGCCGCCAUCGACGACCACGACGUUGCCGCUCGCGGCGCCGCCGAGCAGAUCAAAGGGCUGCAAGCUCAACUCCAGAAGGCCAAAGCUGGGCAAGAUCAGUCAACGAAGGCGGCCAAUGAGCAGCUCGCAGCGCUCAAGUCCGAGCUUGCUGAGGCGAAGUCUCAACAUAGCGCGUCGAUGGCAACAGCGACCAAAGAGCAUGAGACUGCGGCUGCAGCCAGUGGCAAGCAGCUCAAGGAGCUGCAGGCGGAACUGGAAAAAACGAAGGUCGAGCAUGCUCAGUCGGCCAAGACUGCCAAAGAGCAGCUGGAGGCACUCAAGGCCGAUCUUGCCGAAGCGAACUCGCAACAUGCUGCAUCGCUCAAGAAGGCAAUCGGAGAGCAGAAGUCCGCGGCUGCGACCAGUUCCAAACAGCUGGAAGCGCUGCAAGCAGAGCUUGACAAGGCCAAGGCUGGUCAUGCCGACUCUGCCAAGGACGCGAAGCAGCAGCUAGAGUCUCUCAAGGCGGAGCUAGCCGAAGCCAAGGUACAGCAUGCUGCAUCGCUCGCCAAGGCGACCGACGAGCACGAGGCAGCAGCAGCGGCCAGUGAUAAGCAGAUUGAAGGGCUGCAGACCGAGCUCGAGCAGCUGAAGGCGAAGCACUCCGAGUCAACAGCCAAGCUUUCGCAAGAGCAUCGGGCCGCGUCCGAUGCGCUUGGGGCAGAGCGCAGCAAGCUCAGCGGAGAGCUCGACAAGUUGCGUGAGGAGCACGUCAAGGCACUCUCUGCGCACACCACCGAGCUUUCGGACAUGCAGGAGAAGCUCGGCGCGGCUGCUGAUGAGCAUAAGCAAGCGAAGGAUGCGCACAGCAAGGAGAUCAAGGCGCUCAAGGCGUCGCUCGAGAAAGGGAAGAAGGAGCGCGACGAGCAGAUGGCCGCGCAUACCCGCGAGAUGCUCGAUCUCUCCAAGGCGUUCGAGGACACGCGCGCCGAGAUCCAGCGCAAGGAGAAAGAGCUGGAGCAACACUCGCAACAGCUCGAGUCGGUGCGAAGCACGCUUGGCAGCACAGAAGAGGAUCUCAAGAAGCGCCACGAGCACGCCGCGACGCUUCAGAAGCAGCUCGAGGAGGUCAGUGGCGACCUGGCUGCACGCAAUGCGCACGUCGAAAAGCUGCAGACCGACCACGCUGCUGCGUUGGAAGCCAAGACCGAGGAGAUCGCAUCCGUGCGUGCUGCGCACGACGACCAGCUGGCGUCUGAGCGCUCGCGUCUCGAGUCUUCUCUGGCCGACGUCCGCACGGAGCUCGCCGGGGCCAAGUCGGAGCUCGCCGAAGCCAAAGAAAAGCUGGCCUCGACGGAGCAGGACAGGUCGGCGUCUUCGAAGGAGGUGGGCAAGCUUUCGUCCGAGGUAACGACGCUAAAGAAGAAGCAUUUGACAGCCAAGUCGUCUGCGGAAGCUGCCAAGAAGGAGAACGCCGAGCUGCGCACGCAGCUGGCGGGCAUCCAAAAGCAGCUCGAGGAGCUGCGCUCGGGCAGCGACAAGGUGCGGGCUGAUGGCGAGCUUCAGACGGAGGCGCUGCGGUCGGAGCUUGAGCUGGCGCGGGUGCGUGCGCAGGAAGCCGAGGCGGAAGCGGCGCGGGUGCGCGAGGAGCUCGAGACGAAGCGCGAUGCGGUGCAGGUGAACAACACGAGCGUCUUCAGCAAGGAGCAUUUGGACGAUGUGGUGCAGGCGCACGAGCUGGAGCUGAGUGCGCUCCGAUCGCAGAUCCGCAAGCUCGAGGCGAGUGUGUUUGAAGAAACCGACAAGGCGCACAGAGCGACCCGGAAGGCGAUCGAGCUCGAGGAACGUCUUCGCUCCAUGCCUGGCGGUGAGGCUUCGACGCCGGUGGGUAAGGCGAACGGUGCCGGGCGCAGUCACAAGAGGAGCGCGACUACGACGCACGUGCCGUCGCUGUCGCCACUGGCAGAGCGGGAAGUGGACUUUGCCGAAUCUGCACCGUCCGCUUCGUCGCCGACGGCGCCGACAAGGAGGGGCAUUCGAACCAUCACCGCAUCCGAACUCCCGCUUCCAGCAGCACAGCGCCACCGACGCAGAGAGAGCUUGCAGAUGCUCGCUGCGCGCAUCGGUGAUGCUCCGACUGCAACUUCUCCCACCACCGAGUCGGCUCUGCCCCAGAUUCGCUCGGUCACGCUCGAGAGCAAAGGUCACACGCCGUCCAACUCGAUUUCCCACGCCACGCCGCUGGCGCUUGGAGCCGACGCCGACGAAUCGCUGCGCUCCGCUCAACGCGUCCGCCCGCAGUUCGCCAACGACGAACUGCUCUACUGCGCAUGCUGUCGCGACGACCUCAUCAUCGUCUAG